UUGGCUGAGUCAUAGGAGAGUGCUGGGCUACAGGAAGAUGGCGAGUGUGUCGUCCUGGAGUGAGCCUGAACCUGAGUCUGGGUCCAGCACCGGGCCAGGGGCCGCGGCUGCCGAUAACAGCCCGAGUCAGGCUACUUGGCAGGAGGGCGGCGAUCCGGCCACACCCCGAUGGGGCCCUCAACAUCCCGGCGCCAAGGAGCUGGCGCAGCUGUACUCUCCCGUUAAACGAUUUCAAGAAUGGGUAUGUGUUAUUCUAAACAUUGCUCUCAUGAACUGCAAUUUCUAUCAUCUGGUGAUGAAUUUCAGCUGGGACCACAUCCAUUUGAUCCUUAUUGGAAUUAUUGCAGGGAUGGUUACUGCUGAUUUUGCAUCAGGAUUAGUCCACUGGGGAGCAGACACAUGGGGUUCUGUUGACCUGCCUAUACUUGGCAAGGCUUUCAUCAGACCAUUCAGAGAACAUCAUAUUGAUCCUACUGCUAUAACAAGGCAUGACUUCAUUGAAACAAAUGGCGAUAAUUGCAUGCUUACUGUGAUCCCCCUGGCUAAUAUGGCAUACACGUUUUUAACUGUAUCUCCAGAAGCCAUGUAUGAUAUAUAUCCUUGGGAGUGCUAUGUCUUCUCUGUUGGAUUAUUUGUCACAUUGACCAAUCAGAUUCACAAAUGGUCUCACACGUAUUUUGGACUUCCAUCAUGGGUCUGCUUUUUACAGGACUGGCACAUUAUUCUACCCCGAAAACAUCAUCGUAUUCAUCACGUGUCUCCACAUGAAACCUACUUCUGCAUUACCACAGGUUGGCUGAACUAUCCCCUGGAGAGAAUAGGAUUCUGGAAAACACUAGAGGGCAUUAUUGAAGGAUUAACCGGAAAUAAACCCAGAACAGAUGAUUUCAAGUGGGCUCAGAAAACAAAGUAAUAUCUUGCCAAUCUUUUGACUUUUUAAACUACCUUUUUGCCAACUAAUUGCACCAGCCAAAUCUAUGACUGCAAUUUGAAAAUGAUGUACCCUGGAAGCGCAUUCUACUGCUUUAAAAAAAGGACUCCACUGAAGAUGUUUGAUGGAACUUGAAAACAUUUGAAUAGUAGUCCUUUGUAGCCAUUCGUUUUUCAAGUUUAAUAUUCACAUAAUAUACUAUGAACACCAUUUGUGUUGCACUUGACGUUGAGGUCAAUAGAAAUGUUUAUGGACACAAUUGUGCACAUGGAAAUAUUGGCAUCUCUUUUAGGGAUGGACUUGCUGACAAAGUUGCAGUGUCCAUAUGGUGCUUGCUUGUUUUGUGUACUAUAAUAAUGAAAAGGCCUUAAAAUAACUUGUUUGCCAGAAAUAUUUAACUUUACUAUUUUGAAUGUAUAUGCAUAUUUAAAAUGUACAACUGCACAGUAGUUGUUGUUCAAUUUGAAGUCAUACUUUACAAGUGCUUGAAUAUAGUGUCAGGCAGUUUGACCUGGAUCAGUUUCUUUACCACAGCUGCUUUAAAUACAGGACAACUUUCACUCUUCUUGCAGAGUGGCUCAAUGCUAAUAUUUCUAAAGUCUCCAUUCCAAUGUCUAGUGUCUUACAAUAUAGAUCUGUUGUGGAAGCUUUUAAAAAGGUUUAUAACCAAAGGCAUUUCCAACACCAGAUUCUAAGGCAUUUUAAGACCUAGGAAUAUAAGCUCCUUUGCACUUAAUGAGCAAUUUAACUUUUUAUUGAUUUUUCAGUACCUGUUGUUCAGUUUUGUGUAGUUUUCUGGCUUCAAUUAUAAUUGCCAAAUAACAAAUUGAGCCAUUCCAAGUAUUUGUAAAUGUAUCAAUUAAGGUUAUGUAACUAAGGAAUAUUUGCAUUGUACUGGACAAUUGCCUGUAUAGUUUAAUAUCACUCAAAUAGUGUAACUACUGUAAAUAAAGCCAAGGCCUUCUAUAAUGAC